AUUCAGUCUUAUCUCAUUUCUUAUUGAAGUCACCUUCUCUUAAUCUUGUUACAACAAUACAACAAACGCUCAAAACGCAAUCCAAGCUUGUCUCAUUGGCAAGAUCAAGGCUAUGGACGUCUUCACGUCCAUCACCAUGCACCCCGUCUUGAUCGGUCUGUGGAUCUUGGUUGCAAUCCCCAUCUACCUCCUCUUGUCCGACAUAUAUACAUGGUACUAUCUCCCACGAGGACCAUUGCCUCUCCCUUUCAUCGGCAACAUCCUCUCAAUCACCCCUGACAAAUUCUAUGUACGGCUCAAAGAAUGGAGCCAUAUCUACGGCCCUAUAUAUACGAUCUGGAUCGGUCGAUCACCUCGAAUCAUCGUCACAGACCCUGUAAUCACCUCUGAACUUCUGUCUCGCAGAGGUAACAAGUACUCUUCUCGGCCUCGAAUGAUCGUAUUUGGCGAACUGUUCAAUGAUGGAGCUUCAGUUGCUUCUCUACCCUAUGGAAAUGCAUGGUCUCUCCGGCGCAAGCUCCUCCAUAACUCUCUCAAAUCUUCUGCAUUACCUGCCUAUAAACCCCGUCAGGAAGCAGAAGCUAUGAAUCUCGUUGCUGGUAUUGCAGAGAAACCGAGUUCUUGGAGCAUGGGUAUUGACAGAUUUGCCGCCAGUGUGGUCUUCAGCUUGGCUUACGGACGCCGCAUUGCUUCUCUAGACUCAAAAGCUCUGAAAAAGAGACAGCUUUUGUUCCGUGUUGCAGCAAAAAUCAUGGCACCUGGCGCUUAUCUGGUGGAAACUUUUCCUUUCCUUCUACACCUACCUGACUUCCUCUCUCGGUGGAAGGAAUACCCAAUUCGGAUGGGAAAGGAGCUCGCGGCUUUUGACAUCAGUCUGGUUAAUGCCGUCAAGGAAGAUCUGAAGAAAGAGAAAGGUAUUAUCCAGGUCAACUUGACGGAGACUAUGCUGGAUCUCAAGAACAAGGGAGAAGCAAGCGCAGACACUUUGUCUGAAGCUCACUUUGCCGCCCUUCCGGCAGUCAUAUUCGGCGCAGGAUCAGACACCACAGCAUCCACCCUCCAUUCAGCAGUCAAAGCCUUCGUCACACACCCUCGCAUCCAGGAAGCUGCCCAGGCUGAGAUCGACAAAGUCAUUGGCAAGCACAGAUCACCAACUUUCGCCGACCAAGCCAACUUGCCCUACAUCGAUGCCAUCAUCAAGGAAAUCCUUCGGUGGCGCCCAUCUGCCGCAUUCGGAGUCCCCCACGCAACCAGCGAAGCUGAUGUUUACAAUGGCUAUCGCAUUCCCAAAGACACCGUCGUCUGGCCAGCAGCAUGGGGUCUCAACCAUAAUGAAGAAUACUUCCCCUCGCCUAACAGCUUCGCUCCUGAGCGUUACCUACCUUCUUCUGACCCUCGAUUCGGUUCCAAGAUUGCGGCGAGGCCAUUCCCGCCAGGUUGUCACCCCCACGCAUCUUUCGGAUUCGGACGACGAGCCUGUGCUGGUGCGGAUUUGGCGACCAAUAGUUUGUUCAUCGUUCUUGCGAAACUGCUUUGGGCUUUUGAUGUCAAGCCUACGGAGGGAGAGAUCUACGAUGUCGAUGCGUAUGAGGGUGGUAUGGUUCUUAGACCUAAACCUUUUGAGUGUGAUUUUGUUAUUAGGGAUGAGGAGCGGAGAGUUGUGUUGGAGAGGGAGAUGGUGGAGGCUCAGAAAGUGCUUGAUCUCUUCCCGCCUUUUGAGUGAUUGUGGUCGACUCUGGGCUUUCGUUACAUUUUGCGCUCUUGCGUUCAACAUGAUGGGUCUCUAUGCUAGCAUGGGUUCUUGCAAUGGAAGCUCGGUGUUCAUGGAAGCUGAGGCAUGAUUUACUUGAGCUGAAUUCGAAAUGGCUACACAUAAGUAUAUCUGAAGAUAGACACAAGCGCAAUUGAAACAUGAGAAUCGC